AUGGAAAAUAUUAAAAGUUUGUUUUUGUAUAAAUCAUAAUAUAAUAAAUAAUAAUGGUAUAUUAUAUUUUAAUAACUUAAAUACAUUAAUAUAAAAAACUAGACACUUAGUGCACUAUUCGUAGUCCAAAUAUACAAAGAACCAUACUUUAUAUGUAAAAAUCAAUAAUUAUGUAAUGAAUAUAAUGGCGCUUGUGAAGAAAAAAGUAACAUAGACUACUUAAAUUCAUAUAAAUCUGCAACAUUGGAAUAUGGUUUAUAUUGUGAAAAUAGGUAAAAAAAACUAAAAUAAAAAAUAAAAAUAAAUAAUAUAAAAAGAUAAUUAAGAUUAGAUGGAUAAGCUUUAUUUUUUUUGGGUGGAUUUUUAGGAUUUUUUAUAAUAUCUUCUUUAUGUGAUAAUUUUGGCAGAUAAAUAUCAUUGAGAAUAUGUAUAAUAGUCUUUUUUUUCGGAGCAUUUUUUCAAUAUCUCUCUAAUUCUUAUAUUUUAUUAAAUUUUGGUAAUUUUCUUUUAGGAUUUGCAUCUAAUCCAAACUUAGUUUUAGUAAAUAUUUAUUUUAAUGAAAUUUCGCCCAAUUGUAAAAAAUAACCUUAUUUAUUAACUAUUUAUUGUGUUUAUGGAUUUACAGAAAUACUAUAUUUUCUUUCUUCUUUUUAUAUAAAUAAUUGGAGAAAUUUAAUGCUAUUUGUGUUAAUUAUACCUUCUUUAUUAACUUUUUGGUUAAUUAUAUUUAUAAAAGAAACACCUAAAUAUUUAAUGAAAACUAACACAGAAAAAGCCUUCUAAAUAUUAAAAUAUAUAGGAAGUUUUAAUGGAUUAGAAUUAGAUAUAAAAGUAGAAUAACUUGAAGUAUUUCCUACAAUCUAAAGAUAAGUAUAUUAUUUUUGGGAUUUAUUUAGAUAUAAAUCAUUAAGAUUUAAUACAAUUAUAUUCUCAUUAUAAGCUGUUUUUCUUAGCUUUUAAUAUUAUGGCAUUAUGUUUGUUUCUGAUUUAGUUGGAAUUGAAUAUGGAAUAAAUACGUUUUUCAUAGGAAUUUCGGAAACUAUAGGAUUUACUUUUAAUUUAUUUUUAGUUGAAAAUAGAAGUCGAAAAAAAUUAUAUAUAGGAUAUUAAAUAUUAGCUUGUAUAGGUUUUUUUAUAUUUUUAUUAUUUGAUAGUACAACAAAUUAAUAUUAAUAGCUUGUUUUCAUGUGUGUAAUUAAAAUGUUUUUAGGAAAUUAAUUUAAUAUUUUUUAUCUUUAAACUACAGAAAUAUUUCCUUCUAGUAUUAUUACAAUUGCUAUUGGGUUUAUUUUAGCUAUGGGAAGUGUUGGAGCUGCACUUAUCCCUUAUUUUCUUGAUUUUGGAAAUAUAUAGGGCUUAAGUUUAAAUAUUAUAUUUCUUGUAGUGGGUAUAGUUUCAUUAAUUUUUAGUUUUUUAGGAAUUGAAACAUUAAAUUUGUAAACUUAAGAUUAUAUUUUGGAAGAAUAUGAGAAUUGUUAAUAUUCUGAAAUUAUAAACAAAGAAAAAUGA